AUAGGGUAAAUCUGGGGGCUCAUGGAAAGGACGCUAUUGAGGCAGAGCACCUGUAAAUGUAGAUUGACAGUGAACAGGAGACAGCGCACAGAGGCUUAAAAGGGACAAGGAGUGGACUCACAACUGAGUCAUGGAUAGACUCUAGUUUCAGUUCAUGAACAGCAAAUUAUGAUUCUGUAAAACACCCCCGAGAAUGCUUAAAAGUUAGCAUUCAGUAGAGGGCCACAGGGAGCAUCUGGGAUGUGCAACAUGCCACAGCAUUUUCUCUUCUCCUUCAGGACACCAGAAGCCCCACUGUGAGGAGUAGAGUCUGCAGAGGGUCCACUUACCUGAGCGACUGCUAGAGGGAAGGAAGACAACAGGGAAAGAGAAUCCCUCGGGCAGAACCAGCAGUGAUGGACCCCAACACUCUCUCCAUGGAACAGGGGAAGCAGUUCUUAAAGCAGUGCGGGAUCCCACAAAGAGAUAUUGACUUGAUGACAGAGAAAUGGGUUGUUCUCGCCUCUGUGGAGGUUCUUCUGCGAUUUCCUCUGAAGCCAGGAGAGGAUCCGACCGCCCGCUGUGUCUCGAAUAAAAAAUGCCAGGCUUCAGUGGACCGGCCCCCCACAAUUUCACAGAGACGUGGAUACCAAGACAAGUGGAAAUCCAACAACCAUUUAAUGAAGAAGACUGAUCAGAAGUUCAAGGACCUGCCACAGAUGGCCCGUCAUUCCGUCCAUCAUCAGGCUCAGAGGCCCCCCAGAGCCAAAAACCCACAGGAGCAGCAGAGGAGACCCAUGGGGCGGACGACUCCCUCAGCAGAGCAGGAGGAAUCCAGGGUGAAAUGCAAGAACUGCGGGGCCUUUGGGCACUCAGCCAGGAGCAAGACCUGCCCCAUUAAGAGCUGGAGUGGGGCCCUUCCUCUGCAGGCCCUGGGCUCACACAAGGAGAAGGAGAACCUGAAACCAGCAAAGGCCCAGCUACCCCAGGCUCCAGGGCCCUUUAUGAGGAAUGAUAGAGAAAAGGAGCGAAGUCCAAGUCCCCAGCAGCAGCAGAGCAAAGCUCCGACGCAGACAUUUCCCAGAACUCCCCAAGAGAAAAUGCAGGAAGCCUGGAAGGAGCCAGCAGAAGACUGUUUGUUCCUGAGGCAUCCUACCAUGCCACUGCCUGUCCACACCACCAAGAAGCGACCUGUCCUGGGCCCUGUGUCCACAGGUCCACCGCCUGUCAACAAACCCGAGAUGAGAUUACUCUGCCCUUCGGGUCACAACGAUGGACCUCAACUGAGCACCUGUGGACCCACCAAGGGACACGGCGGGGACGUUACUGCCUCCCUGCUCCCUGUUCUGCAGAGCUCCCACCAGACCCCCACUCUCAGUGCCAGGCUGCCAGCCAACAGGCCCGACGUGUCCUCCCACGGUGCUCUCCAGCCUGCCAUGAAGGCAUUUGCCCUGGGUCCUGACCUUAAAUCCCAGGCAGAAAUCAAACAUCCCGACACAGAUGCAAAGCCCAGACCACAGCAAGUCAGACAACAGUGUGGCCAGGACUCCAGAACCCAGGCACCAGACAAGGAGCCUGCCCCCGUGCCCACCCAGACUUUCCAGAACCCCGCAAAGAAAGCAAGAUUCAGCUCCUUCCAGACCCCUGCACUGAGAACUCAGCUCCCGGAUGUGCGCGCUGUGCAGACACUCCAGCCUCCCGGCACUGCAACUGGACUUGGAUCCAAACAGGCACCCGAGGCGACCACAGAGACAGCAGCCACCAAGACAGCAACCCUGCAGCCCAGAGUCAACCUCCAGCCCGCACCCAGCUCACCUUUCCUGGGCCCAGCCCAGGGCUGCCCCGUCCUCCAGCCUGGACCACCCACUCAUGUUCCAGGGAGGCCCGGCAGUGUCACCUUCAUGAGAGGGGACGAGGGAGAGAAGAGCCCCAGGUUCAGAACGCCUCCCACAUCCCAUCCUCCUGAAAACUCUGCUUCCGCUCAGAGCCCUCGCUUCUCAAGGCAGCCUGAGGGGCGGGGUCCCCAGGUCUCAACGAGUGUCCUCUUUGAGGACCUUCUGGUCACUUCCUCCUCUGAGGACAGUGACAGUGACUGAGGCCCCCAAGGCAAGAAGACCCAGCUUCAAGCCCAUGCGACUUGGAAGUGGCUGAAAGGCUGAGAAGGGGAGAGGCAGGAAGCAGCCCUGUGCGGGGUCAGCCCUUCCCUGGCAGUGGUGUCUGUUCAAACGUGGACCCCAGAUACUAUCGGGGAUCAACGAACCCUGCCUAUUUACAUUAUGUAAAUUUAACCUGUAUUAAAAUGAGGCUGUUGAAAGUG